CCCGUGCCUAUCUGUAGACUACAUAAUACACACGCUUUCUGUAUCUACAGACAUUGCUGUCUGACAGCCCCAAACACUGGCGCAGGAGACUACAAGAAUAGUUAUUUUCUACCUACUAAGAACUGGACCAACACACAUCUAACGCUCCUUUCGGCUUCAUUUGAAGGUUGUUGUUCGGGUUUAACCUACCUUUGGCUGUAUCACCCCUAACCAACCCUAACCUCACCAGCACCGCCACGGGGACUUUAUCAUAACCCUGAAGGGAAACGGGUCCUGCCGGUGUUCCUUCCCCAGGACAGCCUCUUUCUCCCCCUCCCCUCUCUAUCGCUUUCCCCCCUCUUUCAGCCCUCCCACACAGAUGCACCCCGCCGCCCAGCUCGACAGGAGCGAUGGGAUGUGUCAACUAGUAGAUGACACAGUCCUGGACCAUGUAAGGGAUCUGAAGGCGCAAUCUGCAGUGUUUCUACCGGAGAGAGCGACGGGGAGAGUGAGGGAAGAGGAGGAGCGAGGAAUGGGCAUGGGGAAGAAUAUCACCUCUAAGUCGAUGGAGGGAGAAGGGGCGAAGUAUGAGGAGGAGAACAAACACAGAGCAGACUUCUACCCCAUUCCGGUGGUGGUUAACGGAGUGGGACAGGCCGCUGGAGAGCAGGACACUGAAGACACUGAGCUGAUGGCCGUCUACACUGAAGAGAACCAGGGAGGAGAGAAAAGUUCCAUGUCGGAGACUUUGGACAGUGCAGACAGUAUGGACGCCAGGAGAAUGGACAUGAUCUACACCAUUGAAGACACUCCUCCCUGGUACCUGUGUAUAUUCCUGGGCUUACAGCACUACCUGACAUGUUUCAGUGGUACCAUUGCGGUGCCAUUCCUGCUAGCUGAAGCCAUGUGUGUAGGGUUUGACCAGUGGGCUACCAGUCAGCUCAUAGGAACUAUCUUCUUCUGUGUGGGAAUCACCACCCUGCUACAGACGACACUGGGCUGCAGACUUCCUCUGUUCCAGGCAAGUGCCUUUGCCUUCCUGGCUCCCGCCAGAGCAAUCCUGUCACUAGACAAGUGGAAGUGCAACGCUACAGUGGUUCCUUCCAUGUUCAACGAGACUGAGCUGCUCAACACUGAACACAUCUGGCAUCCCCGGAUACGAGAGAUCCAGGGGGCUAUCAUUGUGUCGUCUCUGAUAGAGGUGUGUAUUGGCUUCCUGGGGCUCCCUGGGCUCUUGUUGAAAUACAUCGGGCCCCUAACUAUCACCCCGACUGUGGCCCUCAUCGGCCUGUCUGGCUUCCAGGCUGCAGGGGAGAGAGCAGGGAAACACUGGGGCAUCGCCAUGCUGACUAUAUUCCUGGUGUUGUUGUUCUCUCAGUAUGCGAGGAACGUACAGCUUCCUCUACCCAUCUACAAGGCUAAGAAAGGUUGGACCUCUUAUAGAUUACAGCUCUUCAAGAUGUUCCCUAUCAUCAUGGCCAUCCUGGUGUCAUGGCUGAUUUGUUUUAUCUUUACCGUAACCAAUGUUUUCCCACCGGAGAAAGACAAGUACGGUUACUACGCCCGCACCGACGCACGCCAGGGGAUACUGGCAGCUGCACCCUGGUUCAAGAUCCCCUACCCUUUUCAGUGGGGUGUUCCUACGGUGACAGCGGCGGGGGUGAUUGGUAUGUUCAGUGCCGUGGUCGCCAGCAUCAUUGAGUCAAUUGGAGACUACUACGCCUGUGCCCGCCUCUCCUGUGCCCCCCCACCCCCCAUUCAUGCCAUCAACAGGGGUAUAUUUAUGGAAGGUCUCUCCUGCGUGUUGGAUGGGCUGAUGGGGACAGGAAACGGCUCUACUUCCUCCAGUCCUAAUAUAGGCGUGCUAGGCAUCACUAAGGUGGGCAGCCGGCGUGUGAUCCAAUACGGUGCUGCUAUGAUGCUACUGCUAGGGCUGGUGGGUAAAUUCAGCGCAUUGUUCGCCUCCCUGCCUGACCCUGUCCUGGGGGCGCUGUUCUGUACCCUGUUUGGGAUGAUUACAGCUGUGGGACUGUCCAACCUGCAGUUUGUAGACCUCAACUCCUCCAGGAACCUUUUUGUUCUGGGCUUCUCCAUCUUCUUUGGCCUGGUGCUGCCCAGCUACCUCAAACAGAACCCUCUGGUCACUGGUAUAGUGUCGAUUGACCAGGUGUUGAACGUCCUCCUGACCACAGCCAUGUUCGUAGGGGGGUCAGUGGCAUUUGUGCUGGACAACACUAUCCCUGGUACGCCGGAGGAGCGAGGGAUCAGGAAGUUGAAGCGUGGGUCGGGACCCAGUACUGCGGAGCUGGAGGGGAUGAGAACCUACGACCUCCCGUUCGGCAUGGACUUCCUGCGCCGCCACACAGUCUUCCAGUACUUCCCCAUCAGCCCCACCUUCAGCGGCUACCAGUGGGGCGCAAUCCGCAAGGCCUGCAGACUUAGAGGGGGACGUGGUGGGGCAGGGAAGGCAGCAGGGAUGGAGGGAAUCACAGAUCCAGGGGAGAGCGGUGUAUAGCAGACUGGUAGAACCGGGCUGGAGGGAAGAGAUGGAGUUUGGUACCAUGGAAGGAAGGGAGGGGUGGAGGUUUUUGAGUAGCGUCAGUGCAGUGUGACAUGCUCAACCCUGUCUUGUAUGUAUGUAUGUGUGUCUGUAUAACACUGUCUAUGGCCUAUUCAUGCUGUUAUUAGCAUGUUAUAACCAGUGUCAUGAGUGUGUAAUAACAGAUGUCCUUAUAGGGGAAGUUUCAGAUGGAGUUGCAACAUGCUCUUGUCUCUGCCUAGUAUGUGAGUGAAAGAGCAUAGGAAUGCCUUAGACAGCCCAUUAUUGAGGUCCCUCUCUUCCCAUUGCACUAUUUCUUCUAGAUCUUCAGUUAACACUUAUUUUCUCAGUUAACCUGUCUACAUCAGUCAAUCUGUCUACAUACAUUCCAAGGGGAAUGGUAAGAAAAGGUUUGUUCUCUGCUGUUUAACCAAAAUACUCCGAUGUAUUACACUCCCAGUGGCCUCUGUGUGUGUGCGUGCGUGUGUGUAUGCCCACCCAUGACAUUGUGAUGGGGUUGAGUGUGUCACUUGCGCUGGCGCAUUUCCUGUUUCCGGACAGAUGGACAGAGACAGACAGACAGAUGGAUGGACAGUAUCUCCUUUACAGCAAAAGUUUAAAGCUGAAUGAUUGACACCUUACAGACCCAUUGAGAAUCAGACGCAGCUGGUCAGUCAGCCCUGUUUAGCAAACCUACACUUCCCACGGUGGUUAUGGGAAAUGUAGUCUCCUGUUGAAAGGGGAUUGGAUGGAAUUGAGGCUUUAUGAAAAUUCACAUUAGACUAAUAAUUGGCCUGCAUACUAAAUUUACACACACACACACACGCAAGCACACUACCAAACACAAGCAAGGCAAGGUCAUGCAGAUACUGUUGAUGAAAGUGGCUUGUCAAGUGGUAGACCUUAGCCAUGCAAAGUGAUUGUGGUGUUCGUUUUACAUUAUUAGAGUUAAUACACAUUUUGUUUACUGGAACCUGCCCCUCUAUUUGGCUUCUAUUACCCGUUUAAGUCAAACACACAAUUAGGGCUGUUAUGGUGACCGCAUUAUCACAACACCGGCAGUCACAAGUCAUGACCGCAUGUAUCAUGUAGCCUAGCCCAUAGAAUAUUUGUUUUGAGAAGGUUUGUCUCACAACUAAAGUGGCCAAAUAACUCUAUAGCAUAGCCUGUAGCCCUUGGAUCCCUGGGGCCGGGUUGGAGAGCCCAUAGCCUACAGACACUAUAGUGAAACGUAUUCUUAUAGGCCCAGUCAUUGUGUGUGAAAGCAGAGUUUGGGCGACUAUUUAAAAGAGGAUCCCAGCUUUCAAGCGCCUGCUUUAUUUAUUGUUCAAUUCUUAAAAUGAAGCCCAUUAAUCCACUUUACAACCGAUGUAGCCUAUCUGGCAUAUUCAAAACAAAACCGCACAACCUCCAUUUGCUAUUCGAGUGCAGGCUUCGUAUUACAUGUUUAUCUAUUUUUUUGUGGGCCAUUAAUUUCAAAAUAAUUCCACACAUUUAUCAUAUGUGAAAGACCAGAUGAAAUUGAAAAUAGUCUGAUGGGUGAGAAUAUUAUCAAGCGCUUGACAAAUUGCGAAUGAGAGACGGAUGAAGUGUGUGUGCAGCCUGCGCAAGAAACAGAGCAGAGCGCUUCCCUUUCAUGCAACCUUUUUCAAAGCAUCAUUACAGCAUUUGUCAGCCUUUGGCUAUAUGUUUUGAUUUCUAAUACAUUCCAAGGUUUGUAUCACAACUACAGUUGCAUCAAUAACUCUAAAUGAAGCAUAUAGGAGGACUUGUUUCAAGUUAUCACUUUGUUAACUGCUCAACACAGAAUAGGGAGUGCAACACGUGUGCAUUCCCUCUGACAUUGUUUUGGGGGAAUAUCCAUUCUAUUUUAUUCAGCUAUGUUCAGUUGUAUUCUUCUUACUAUGAAAUAAUAUAAAAUAAUUCCACAAGAAUUCUAAGCAAAUCUUGUGUGUUAAAUGAACUAGUGCCACAGCCAUAUGGCAUAGCCAGAUCAGGGCCGAACAUAAGGAUGACUCAGAAUAUACUAUUCUGUUCUUCUGAAAUAGGCUACAUCUUCAUAUCAUUUCUUUAGACCAGCCUAAAAUAGGCUAUAUUACAUGGAUUUAUUAAACUUUUGAAAAUGUAGAUGUUCCAAAGGUCCACAUCAGUGGCUUGUAGACUAUGCGUGGAAACCCGGAGAUGCUAAACGUGUGUUUAUGUUAAUUAAAGGUCAUUUUAACGUGAACCCAGCAAUUAUUUGCAUGGCAGUGAGGCUGACAAAAUGUCAUGACUGCCACUGCCCUACACACAACACAACAGAUCUCCCAACAAACUGUCAAUGUCCUCCACUGGACAGAGGGCCCGGUCCCAAAUCAACCUCUAGUCCUGGACACUUCCCCUAGUCCUGGACACUUCUCCUAGUCCCCUGGUCGGGACACUUCUCCAAGCCUCCUAGUCCUGGACACUUCUCCUAGUCCCCUAGUCUUGGACACUUCUCCUAGUCCCCUAGUCUUGGACACUUCUCCUAGUCCCCUAGUCUUGGACACUUCUCCUAGCACCCUAUUCCUGGACACAUCUAAAUGCCCUCUCAUAGAUCUGAAAGAACUCGAAUGGAUGUCUGGAAAUAUCAUGGUAACAACCCUCCUGAAGGGUUAGUUGAAGCUAGUAGGCCACCACUUUUGAUUACACCUGUCUGUUUCUUUCACAUCCAGGAAGGGCCAUGAAGAAGAGUCUAGUCCAUGGGUAUGAGCUAGUGCUGGGGAAGAGGGCUUGAUUUGGGAUUGGAAAUGAGGGUCAAAGUUGAUAUGUUCACCCAGUCAGCUUGCAGGCCUUACUGUGUCAGUAUUAUCUUUCGCAUCUUUAACUACCACCACCAAAAACCAGCUCUCUCAUGAACGCGUACUCCCUCAUCCAGCUGCUGUUAUUACAACUGGAAUUUCAAGGUUGACUUAUAAGCUGCUUGUAAGACAUUAUUGAAUAGUUUAACUAGUAAUAACUAUUUGUAAGUCAUUGCUGUAAGUAAGUUGUUCAUGUAUUUAUUCACCUGUAAGGAUCUAUAAUCAUAUAAAUAACAAGCAACAGGCUAUAUACAAUCUAAUGGUUAACCAACUGUGUAAUAAUGUUCAUAGGCAGUUCAUAAGCACACUUUCAAAAGCAUUCAUACUUUUUUUUAUAUAAAUAGGCUACAAACGCUUUAGCACGAAGCAGAAUGCACUUGGAUUUCUAGUUGUGCGAUCACACCAUUGUUUUUAAAAUGUAGCCAUUUUUUCUAACUCACUGAUAUCCUUAAUUUUUCCAAUGUGUGUUGGAUGCAUACUUAAACUAGUGUUUGGGUAGUGUUUGUCACCACAUGCAUGGGGGUAUAGGUGGUUUGGCCACUGCCCAGGCCACAGCCUGAGUAAAGAUCAUGCUAUGAUUAAGGCUUAUGUUCAGAGUAACACCCGUGCAGGGUUUGCAGAGGAAGGAAGAGGAGAGACGCUCCACAGAUUUAGCUAGGCAAAUGACCAGAAAAAAACGUAUGUACCCAGAUGCCUGACUGAAAGUAAGAAAUAGUGAAUGAAAAGAGAGGCGGUUUUUAAAGUGCCAAUCGCAUCCCUGAUUUCUGUCCUGCCCUCUUGCCCUCUGCUCUGUCCUACUCUGCUACAGAUGUCAGGUGGUCUACUGUUCUGUUCAAGUGAACAUGUUUGGUUUACAGACACGGCACCAUAACAGUAUCUUCAGGUUUAAGGGUGUGUAAUGGAGGGGGUAUUUUAAAAUGUUUAAAGGAGAAGGUGAGAGGGGUUGUGGCUGUAUUAUUAUAUUUUUUUUUCAAUGGCUCACAGACUGUACAAUCUUAUCCUGCACCUAUUAAUUACUAUUAUUGUUAUGAUUGUUACUAGAGCCAUUGUUCAUAUUGUUGGCAUUGUUCACUUAUUUGUGAACAGUGUAACUCCCCUCCCCCCAAAUCCUCUCUCCAUCCCUCAUGUGUGGUAGAAUGUUUCAGAAGCUGGGGUCAAGUUCAUGUCAAUAAUUCACAACUGAGGGUGCAUCAGAAAUGGCACCCUAUUCCCUAUAUUGUGCACUGUAUUGCAUAAGGGAUAGAAUGUCAUGUGGGACAAACUUAGUGUGAUUGACAUGGGGGUGACUUUUUGGAACCUCUGCUAUGUGUGUUUGCACUGGAGUUACUGUGUGAGCCAUCAUCCAUAGAAAACCAAUGGUUGACUGUUGAGGUAGGGUUGAAUUGAGACUCCUGGCCAGUGUGGUUGACUAUCAUAAGCCUACGUGAGACUUAACAACAUAAACAAGAUGCACAGUUUCAGACUGAACCAAAAUGCAAGAGAAGCACCUAUCCUUUCUUCAUUCUUUCUCAAACUAUUUCCCUUGCUCUUCUAUUUGCUGCACCAAAACAAUGAGAGUGGGAGUAGUCACUGGUUCAGAAAUGCAGACAUUUUUAAAAUGUUCGGUAACAUUUCAGAUUUACUUUGUUUUAUCUGGUUGAUUAUUUUAUUUAGUUAUGAUUAGUAAGAAUGUAAUUGUUUAGUGAAAUUUACGUGACGAGUAUUUGUGUGCCUUAUGCACAAUGUCAGAAAGAUAUUUAUCAGUUUAGAAUUGACUUGUUCUGGCCCUAUAAUAAUUUUUGAUUUUCCGUUGUUGCAGAGAGAUCAUGAUAGUGUUAGUCUCCACAGGCAACAGGUUGAACUGGACAUGACUCCGUUAGGCCCUUGAACUAGACCUGGAGGUGUGAGGGGAAAAGGAGAACACCUUGAACAUUCUGCUCUAAACAGACUAACUAUAGUCAGGGUGUAGAGAGAAGAGGAUAGCCAAUGGUUUUGUACCAGUGUUUGAUAUGGCAGCAUGCUUGGUACUGCCUUCCUCUUCUCUGCUCCGUAGAGCUAGGAACAGUGGAUACUAUAGAUGGAAUAGACCAGUCCUUCAACUUGCUCAACUACCCCCCCCUCCCCCUCCCCCCUCCACGCCUGCAGUGCAGAUAUGGUGUCCGUGUCCUCGCUGUUUAAGUGUACCUGUUUUCGAGAGAGAGAAUGUCUGAAAUAGCAUGUUGUCCACUAGGGGAGUAGGGUGUUAUUUCAGCUUCAGCCCAUAGACCACCUCAUUUGAAGCCAAUGCCUCACCUCUGUAUGAGCUUUAACUCAUUCUCAAUGUUAAAAACCAUGCCCCACGAGCCAGGUCAAGGUAUGGCCAUGAGUAUGACACAAAGAAAUAUAUCCCUUUCAGUUAUUUUGAAGGGGAAACUACCUGAAGAAUAUCCAUUUCUCUUUCUCAAGUGUUUUAUCUUUUUAAAGUUUUUUUUAAUACAUCGUUAUGUUUAUUACAGACAGAUGUUUGUAAGAAAAUAAAUCAUGCAUUUUAAUAUUUUGUCAUGCUGCAAUGUGCACCAUUUAUUACAUCUUUAUUUAAUUAAAAUAAAGAAUACAUUUCUUUUUCUUUUUAAUCUGUAGUUUGGUGGAAUACUUUUGCUAGUUAGAAUUUUUUUAAUAUUGUAUAUUUCCAACAUUGCUUCCUGUUAUCAUGUUAAUAAAGUGUUCAUACAAAUUGAGAAACACCUGACAAACUUUAAACAGAUGUAAAAAUAUAUAAAUGUAUAUUGAAUUGAGUAGGCUACAGUGUGCAGACAACUUCUGGACCAGGCAUUGUGUAUACUAAUAGUAGCAACAAAAUGUUAUAUUCUUUGUUCCUUAAACUAUUUAAUAAGAUGUUACAGAAUUAA